AUGACCACUCCAAAAAAUGUAUCAAUUUCUUCGACGACUAUCAAAAGUCCGACGAUUGUAACUGAAUCUUCUACAGCCAAUACUUCUGUGAUUACUACUGACGGUCAUUCUACUCGAAAAAUAACAACCAUUCUUCCAAAAACCACUCCCAAACCGACUCCAAAACCAACACCAAAACUGACACCAAAACCAACUUUCAAGACGACUUCUGUGGAAUUGACAUCUUCUACAGUAUCCACAACAACCUCAAGGGCAAGCAGGACAACGGAGUCUCUGGAAAAAACGACAAAGUUGGGCACCAUUCCAAUUUCUCGAAUCGUUUUCACAAUCUCCGUUUUGUACUUUUUCAAUUGUUUUCAUUUCUAGAAUGUCCUUAUGCAAUCAACACGGGUUUCCUCGACAUAAUUUGUUUAUAAAAUCUUUGAAAAAAGCAGGAACUUAAAGAAAAAAAGAACUGACUCAGCUAAGAGCGUUAGUUGUGCAACACGAAGCUUCAGAGACUCUAGGUUAUCCAUCACUGUCAGCAAUAACACCGAAUGGCGGAGGGAGGACACGAACCAGCGCCCUUCUUUAAAGAGGGCCAGCUCGCACCCCACUGCGCCAUGGUCACAUCACCUGCUGCGUGAGGAAUCAGCGGACUAUAGAGGUCGCCAAGGAGCGCGACAUAGUACAAGGAUUAGAAUAAAUAGAUGAAGUUCCCCGAAUUAUUGAGAAAUGGAUCAAAAAGCCGUAGAAAAAGGGUUCACAGUCCAAAUUUCAGAAAUUUUUCAAUUUUUCAUUUUUUUUUUUUUAAAGCUUUUUCUCUACAUUUUCUAAUUAAUCAACGUAAUUAAUGAAAAGUCAAGUUUUUGCAGCUCCAGUUUACUAAAAUUUAACAACGAAACUUUGAAAAAAAAACCUAAUCUUUGUUGCAAUAUCCCAUUCGCGCCCAAGUACCACUUCAAAUCAGAAAACCAGCCACUUACUUUUCAACUUGGAAGACCGUCGUUCAUUUUAAUUACGACCGAAAAUCUGGGAACCGGUUGGAGUCGGGCGACGUCAAAAAGAGCGUUCGUCGAACUCAGCCUGGAUUGUUGAUCUGGAUCUAUCUGGUAUAAAGGAGGAGUACCUGAACUCUCGGAGCUUUCGCGUGGAACUAUGAUGUCUUCUUUCGUGGUGUUCCUGACGUUGGCAAUCGUCGGCUUUGUUUCAGCUCAGCUGUGAGUUUUUUUCUUCUCUGAAAAUGUGAAAUCUUCGAAAAAGUGAUCAGAGAAAACCGCAAUUUUCUAAAAUUUACGUGAAAAGACUUCCGCGCGCAACAUUUAGAACGGGAAUAUUUAAUAUCAGACGAUUUAGCCAUUCUAAGUGCGACCAUCUUGUUAAGUCAUCAUGAAUGAGUCUCACUGUUACUUUUUGGACAGUAAUUUCAAAAAAGGACCGCUUUUUCGAAAAUGAACUUUACAAAACCUCAAAAAUCCUGACUUACAAAAAAACGAGCAAAUACCUUUUUUGACUGGAUGAUACUCAAAACUUUUGUAGUAUAAGCCGCAAAAAGUGCUGACAAACAAGAAAAUCAAACUUUUUUUUAAAAAAAAUCUACAUGUUUUUUGUACAUUAACGUUUUGCUAUAAGCCACUCCAAGUGCGACCAUCCAGAAAAAUAAGUUUAAUAUCACUUUUUUUCUUGACUUCAGAGGGCUUCCUUUUCUAAUAUUUGGCAUCUAUCUUGCUAUAGGCCAUUCCGCGCUAGCUUGUCACGUUUUUCUUUCCGCCAAAAGGCCAGGUCAAAUUUGUCCAACUUCGCUUCAAGACCUGUUUCUUGCCGUUAUAAAAGCAGAAAUUUGAUCUAAUUUGAUGUACGGUCUUUUUGGCGGAAGGAAAAACGUGACAAGCUGGCGCGGAAUAGGCUAUAGCGAUGGUGUGAGCCGCUUUGAGACACCCGAAAACCGGAAAAAUGAUUGAAAGUCAAGGUUAGACCAACGACAAGAGUUCGGACAGCCGCCGUUGCUCCCCGUCGGCGCGCCCAACGGAUUCGGGGCUUCUCCUUUCGGAAUGGGAGGAGCGGGAGGACCUCACUUCGGCGGCCAUCGCUUCUUCGGCGGCGGUUUCAUGCGUCGUUUCGGUGGCAUGCCUUUCGAUGAACAGACUCGGCUGAAGUUCCGCGAAUGCAUGAACGUCAAGUUCCCAGACAGACGUAGGAAAUUUCAGGUGAGUGUAGAACAUUUCUUGUCACGAUUUUCGGUCUGUUCCAAGCCUCAGAACCCUUCCGGGGAUAUCUUCCCUUCGAUGCGGGCCGCCUGUUUCUGCGCAUGCGCCUUCGAUAUAGCAGAAAUUUCAGGCUAAUAAAAAGGCGCAUCACAUAAAAACGUUCUCGAGAGAAAAAUGAAAAUGAAUCGCUUUGAGACUUUCUAGAGAACCCAGAGAUGUUUCUGUGCAAGCGCCUUCAAUAUAAUUGAGAGUUUAAACCAAAUAAAAGGCGCAUGGGCAGAAAUAGACCGCGCGCUUUGAACGGAAUAAUUCUGUAGCUCGGAGAAAAAUUAAUAUUCGGGAUAAGUUUGAAAAAAUCAUUCCUUUGCCAAUAUUUUUCUUUUCAAAACCAGGAGCUCCGCGCCAAAAUGCAGGGAAUGAGCCAUGAGGAGCGUCGACAGUUCUUCAUGCAACGGCGGAAUUCGCCCGACGGAAUGCGGUUUCGCGCCGCCUUCCAUGAAUGUAUUCAAGCUAGCAGAAACUUGUAA